GGCUCGAUGGAUCUCCUCCGUAGAGAUUGAAUUCCCCAAAAUUCUGAUAAUUUCCGUUCAAAAGACGGAUCUCUCCACAAGGAAAAAUCAUCUUCAGCAUUAAUGAUCAUCACCCCCCCACCCCAGAGCCUUAAAUAAAUAAUAAAUAACCAACAUAACCUGAAAAGACUUCGAUAAAAGUGAGGAAAACCGAGGAAAAGGGCAAUGUGUUCAGCCAAUUUGCACUGAUUACCCGCUUAAUUAGGUCAAUUAAUUAAUUCCAGGGGUUGAGAUCAUCCCCAUGAUCUCCUAAACAUUAAAAUGUCUAAUUGACAUCCGGGAAAUGAGGGAAGACUGAGGAAUAACCUUGACCCGCUGAAAAAUCCGCUCUCGGUAUCAAGUUUUAAUUGACUUCCGAAGUAAUUAGCCUUGAUUAGCAUUUUUUUCACGUGUGCGGGGGUAAUUACAAGUGAUUGAAGAAGUGUUCAAUUUUAUUGGAGUGACAAAGUGACAGUUUGCGAUGGUUUUACGGGUGAAUAAGAGAGUUUAAGUUGAGACUCGGAAUUUGUGACAAGUCGUUUGUUACGAUAAACUCCCGGAUUAGCAUAAUUGUGAGUGGGUGGAUUGUUGGUGACACAUCUUGCAAUUGAAGAAAAGACGUUGAUGAUUGUCUAGGGGGAGAUGAUGAGACGUGAGGGGAAAUGACAUGAUGGAGGACGCCAUGUCUGAGGACACGAUGAUGGAUUGCGGGAGCGAGGAAGAGGGUGUGGACGAACUCGUUGACCUGACGAGUGAAAUUCCCGACUCGGUACCCAACAUUCGAGACGCUGCGGAACGUCUCUUGACACUCCUGGGUGUCGAAGACGACGACUCCUCCUCAGAAGACGAGGGAGUGGAGCUCGACCUCGACGACGAACUCCCUGAGAACUCUAGAUUCCUCCACCAACUAGCGACCUCUCUCGUUCAAGAACUUAAAUACACCCAGAAAUCCACUCCCCUUCAUCCUCUACCUCUCAACGACCUCCAGGAACAGAUCCAGCACAUGGAUGUGUCCGGUGAGGACGUUCCCAUGCACCAGACCCUCCAGAAUCACCAGAACUCCUCAUCAUUUGCGCAAAUAGUUCCCAAUCCAUCCGAAAAAAUCGUAUCCUGCAGAUCUAAUCCUCAUUAUGUGAUCUUGAGAACGAGCUAUGAGGGCUACAUAACCAACAAAAGAUGCAGGAUCGAUGAGGACUCGAGGGAGGCCGAGGAAGACGGCGACGAUUCUGUUUUAUCGACUGACAUCCUGGGGUCGUGGACAGCGGGGUGGGAGGCGUGUGCCACCGAGGCUGUGAGGUAUCUCCUGGAGGUAGAGGGACUUCCUCCGCAGCAUCCUAAAGUACUCUCCUUGAAGAGCCACCUCGAGGUGCAGAAGGGUCGCGCUUUCGCCCAGUUUUCCGCAUGAAUUGAUGAUUUUUUUUUAGGUUAGGAGGAGUUUUCUGGGGUUAUGACGACUGGAUCGUUGAGGAUGGGCCUUCCUGGAGGGCUCAGGGGUCUCAGUGCACGGAGAGACUUGGAGAGGAGGCUGAGGUUAUGGCAAUCGACUGCGUGUGACGUAACGAUUUUUUUCCGUCUAGGGAUAUCUUGCAAGGGUUUAGGGGAAAAUGUCGGGGAUUUUGUUCUAGGGAAUUUAAGGAUUACAAGAGAAGUCUAGUGACAUUGGGAGAAGGGAUAGUUCGAGUGUAACGUUUUGUUUUUCGUAACAGUGGCGAUAUCUCGGGAGGGGAGAGCUCUAGGGGAAAACGACAAAGAGAUUUUUUGUAGAGGACUUCGAGAUCCACAAAAAGUAUCAAUUAUAUUUUCUCCUAGGAUCGAUAUGUACCGAGAUAAUUGCAUAUUUAACACGUAGGUUAACCUCAAAUUGUGGAGAAUUAUGACUAAUCACUCUGAGAUCUCUCCGUGUACAUGAUAAACGACUUUAGUGAAAUUAUCUGCGUAUAAUCCACUGAAGGAGCAUGGCAUCGAUGAUUCAACCUCCUCGAUCGAUGUUCCUUCGUCCCUAGUAUAAUAAUUAAUUCGAAAAUCAUCGCGGACGCGAUUCAACGGGGAAGUGACAAAAAAUGAAAUUCAAGUCAGGUUUUAUCGUCUGGAUAAAUUGCCAUUUAUCUCGGUAAUUAGUGGUUCCAGGGGAAAAUGUCGUAAAACAUUUUUUAUGGAAAAUUAAAUUUUCUACCAAAAAUGUCUUGCGAUAUUUUCCCCUAGAACCACUCGUUACCGAGAUAAUUCAGCUCUUUUACCACUUUCCCAGUGAAUUCAGAUGGUUUAUUUUUUUAUCCUCAUAUUUCAACAUUCUGAAUUAUUGUAAAUAUGUAUGAUAACUAUAGAUGAUGUAAUUGUGUUGUUACUUUUACAUGAACAUCUAGGUAAAUUAAUGACCAAUGUAGAUAAAUAAACAUUUGAGAAUAAAUUGAGUGAUAAUUUAA